UCAGUUUUGCUUAUGUUCUCCUGGCAACGCAUUAUUACAAUAGUUUUGUCUACGGCCUUUAACUCAGUUUUUCAAGAUCACUGGAUCAUUUAGCAACGCAGUAAACACGAGAUAGUGAAAUGUCACGGUGUGGCGAUAUGAAGAAACACACCGACUUUGGUGACUCAUUCUGGAGUUUUGGAAAAGAGCAAGACUUCAAGCCUCACAUUAGACACGUUGAGCCUAUUCUCACUGAAUGUGACCUUGACUGGAAAUCUCAGUUGCGCUGGAUACCUGAACCUAGAUACAGUGAUGCCCCAUUUCCACACAUCAAAGACGUGAAGUUUCCCAAUGAAAGAAAACUGAUGAGAUCCUUCCCACAGGCUAAUAGCAUGUCUGCAUCUGAAUGGAGUUUUUAUCCAAACUUUGGACAACCCAAGACGUAUCAUGCUGGAAAGAGAUGUUUUAUGGAUGGCAUUAAUCAUACGAGAAGCAUGAGAUGCAUUUCAGAAAAUUCCCUGGAAUCAUCUAUGGGGAGGAAAAAGCAGGCCACAGACAAAUGCAGCAUCUACCCUUCAACAAAGGUCAGACCAUUUCUAGUUCCUGAGUACAGCCCUGACUUUUAUAAAUAUGAAUCAUCACUGCGCACAGCCACUUUUGGGUCCAGGCCUUUUGUCACAUUUAAACCAUUUAUUCACCUAAAACCACCAACAAAAGAUAUCAACGUACAGUGUGCAGAGAAACAUAAAAGUCAUGCUCGUGAUGAGGAUAUUCGUGAAGUCAAGCAGCUGAGCAGCUGGAGGCCAGCACCAGACAUCUAUGACAGGACGGUUUUGCUGGACACCUAAUUUGGAAGAUGUCAAGCCAUGCUUACAUACUUGUUGUAUUGUUAGAGCUUUCUAUUUUAUUUGGUUCUUACAAAGUGUUCAAGCAAAUACAAUUGUUUUCUUUUCUUCAGCACUACCUUAUGGCUUUCCAUUGAGUAUAUUUUACAGUAUUUUGAUAUUUAUUGUUCAGCUCCAGAUCUUCUCGUCGGAAAAGGCUGAAUCAGGACAAAACGCCAUGGGCUUUAGACAGUGAAAAUGAUUUGACCUUUUCUUUGCCUUAUUAGCUGGAGGUCCGUCACAUAGAUUUUCCUUAAUUACCUGACAAAGACAGAUGAAGGUCUUUUUGCCGUGCUCAAAUUUAAUUGCAGGGUAGAAUAGGGGACAGUUAAGUAUGAUUGUGUAGGGAAUAAGUUUGUAAUAGUUAAUAAAAGAAACCCUUCUUGUUUCAUCACAACCUAUGACACUGUAUACUAUAUCAUUCAUACCCAGUAUGAUAUUAUAAGCUAAAUUUCUAUUGUAGUCUGUUCGUUCUGAAACAUAUAAUCUAAUAGCGAAAUAUCUGUUCAUAAACUGUUAUUUCAAAAAAAUAGGAUAAAAUCCAACAGCAUUUUAAAGAAACCUA